AUGCGUCCACCCACCCAGACCGUUGAUCAUCAUCACACCUUGACCCGAGGGAAGCUCUCAGUUGAACACCGGUUCAAUGGUAUUGCGAUUAAGAACGACCAUCUACCCCGGUUGGAAUCAGUCCCAACAGAGGAGCAACCCUUGUUAAGCCGAGACUCAACGCCAUCAAGAUCUUCGUUCCUAUCGCCCGACCUCUCCUUCAGAGACAAAUACGGCCGUUCUCGCCACAUGGUGCACUAUGGUUCAAACAGCACAACCCGCCUCCAUGAAAGCAAAAUAAAAAAGGGAAGCAAGAACCCCUUCGUCGCAAUCAAAGUCUACCGACGCUCCAUCCUCAGAGGUCCCCCAAGCGCUUCUCACUCCACAUCUCUGCAUCCGAGCCACCCCAACAUCCUCCCAAUCCUAGACAUCCUCCACAACGAACGUCGCGAGCUCUGUCUUGUAAUGCCAUACUGCGCCGGAGGCGAUCUGAAUAGCCUCCUAUCCCGUAAGGGUCCUCUCCCAACCCAAGAGGCGGAUUGCAUAAUAACCCAGAUCCUGCGUGCGCUCGCCUUCCUACAUGAUCACGGUACAACACAUCGUGAUGUCCGCCUCGAGACAGUCCUUCUCACGGCCAACGGAGCUGUGAAGCUAGCCGGCUUUGGCGAUGGACAUGUCCGGCGGAUCUGGGAGGAGUCCGCUGAGGCCAGGGCUGGAGGAAUGCUUCCCUCGCAAACACAGCCACCUACACAAAGUAUAUGGUCAUUGGCGCUAUCGUGGCCGCUGAUUUUAAUAUGUCGAUCGUAUCGUCAACGUUCUGAGUCUUCUUCUGGAAAUCGGAGUCAGGCUUUGAUGGCGAACUCACCCACUGCGUCGUUUGUGGGAAUGAGGCUCCCGUAUAUUCCUCCGGAAGAAUUCAAGCUUCAUGUUCCACCAUAUUGUCAUGGUGACCACAGCCAUCGUGGUGAAUGUGAUUCUCGUCCUGCCGAUGUAUGGGCCACGGCUAUCGUUUACAUGGCGCUCGUCACCGAUCGGAUUUUGUGGCGUAGUGCACGUCCUCAUCAGGAGGAUGGGCGGUAUCUGGAUUAUCUUCAUUCUCGCUGUGGGGAGGAUGGAUACCCACCGAUCGAGACUCUGGGCCAAGUAGGUUAUAGCAUGGUUUGGGGUCCUGGCGCAGAAGAAAGGUCGCUAAAAUCUUAG